GCGGUUUUGGAAUUCGUGACAGGCUCGGGGGAUCAUAGACUAGUGCCUUCAUGAUCAUGACAGCUCUAUAUAAUGUAGCCGGGAGACGGAUCCUGCCUCAGCUGUUUACAUCUAUGCGACCCAUCACCUCUCCUGAGUUGCAACUGCACCUUCAAGUCUUCCCGCGAACAGGCCAUCGCCCAACAUGAGACUCAACACCCAGGCAGCAGCCGUCUUGGCCUUGGCCGUCUCCUUCGCCGAAGUGGCAGAGGCCAGGUGCACGCUGGACCCCGAGGAUCUCGGGACGUACUGCAAUGGAACGCUCUACAACGCGAAGCUCGUGAAGACGGACUCAGAGCUCGAAGUCUACGACCGUCUCGGCGGCCUGUGCCCGGGGUCGUUCCUGGACGCGUGGUGGGACACGACCAUCAGGUGGUGGAACUACCCGGACAACCAUGGAUAUUCGGCCUACGACAACGGCAAGCUAAUCCAGGGCAACCAGGGCCAGGGCGUGCAGCACGGGCUGUAUAGUCCCGUCUCGGUUCUCGUCAAGCAGGGGUCUCUGGUGUGCGUGGACCUGGCGAGUUUACUUCCGCUGCCAUAA